UAGUAUAGAUAAUUAGCAAAAGCUACAUAUUUCCUUCUCCUGUCUUGUUAUAAUAAUAUAUUUUUCCAAAAAGUUUUUGUGAAUUUUGUAAAUCAUGUCCCAAGUUUAUCGAAUUGUGUCCAAAAUCUUUGUAACACAUUUUUCUAAUUUGUUCGGUGCAGUGAUGUGAAAUGUAACAGACAUACAUACGAGUUGUUUUCGAAUUAGUAGGGAUCUAUCAUGUAUGUAUUUACGGAUAGCGAUAAACUAUGACCCUAUGACUCAGUUCUCGGUAUAUAGUACAGGUUUAUUAAGCGACUCGUCAGUAAUUAUUCGACAACUAAGGAAUGAUGUUGAAAAUAAUACUAUGCGGCCUUUUGGUCGCCGUCAAUGGAGCGCCAAAAUAUAAGCAACAAUUCUUUCCCGGGACAUUUUGGACACAAUUCAACAAACAUUUUGAGGAGUUUGGAAAUCGUACGAACCAUCCAUUUGACGACGUCAAGUUUCCCGUUACCAUGAGUGACGGUCGAAUAAAUGGUGAUAAAUAUGAGAUAAUACUUCCUAUGCCUGGUUUAAAAAAGGAUGAGAUAUCAGUGACGUCGCGCCACCGACAUCUCGAGAUUGAUGGGCACAGCGCUGAUGGUUUCGUUGAUGUCUACAUCAGCAGACCCUUACCACGCUACGUCCAUGCAUCGGGUAAUUGGACAUAUGAGGAUAGCAUGCUGAAAAUAGUUUUCCCCAUACUGAAACAUACGCAGUCACCGUUUGGUAAUAAACCUACUUCUGUCCCCGUGAUCAUACCAAAUGUGGUUAUUGAUAAUAAUAGGACUUCUGAUUCUCUUGGGAAUGGAAACAACGAGAAUUCUGAAAUGACAUCGAAGAAAGAAAAACGAACAGAUUUGGACGAUGAAAUGAUAAAAUAGAAGACAGUGAAUGUUUAAAGAGUUAGUAGUUAGUAAAGUAGAUUGUGACUAACACGAAAUGGAAGUCAGCGUACAUAUUAUGUUAUUUACACACUUAUCGCUCCAUUAUACGCCUUUAUGCUGUUCUUAACAAGAGAGGAAAAUACGAUACCUAUGUAUUUUAAAAUGAGGGACUUGAAUAUGUAUACCUCACAGGUUUCGAUUGCCCACAAAUUAUACGAAAAUUACAAUAUUUACUUUUCAAAAUGUGUGAAUGAUCGUUAUCAGAAAUAAAGUUUUGUAUGUGUUAAAUGUUUAA